CACACAGAAACACGCACACACACACCGGAAUUCCUGCGAGACGCAAACCAAAAAGACAGCGCAAAUUAACACUAACGAGGAUGAUCUUUCCCCGCGCAUACUCGUUUGUUUACAUUCGCACAUUUCACCGCAAAGACCUCUGGGCCACUAUUCCGUCCGACGCGUUGUAUUGUGGGCAGCAGCCAGUGGUCCUAUGAGCUCGGCGUCUUGCUCCUCCGGUGGAAAAGAUGGCUGCUUCGGCGGCAACGUCGAGCCCUCUCCCCGGUUUAAGCCCAAGUUACGCCGUGAUAUGCUCCUUUCUGGAGCGGUACGGCGCCUUGCUGGAUUUACCGGAGCUCACCUUCACGCAACUGGAGCGAUAUCUCCAGGACACGUCCUCAGUUCCUAAGCUUCUGGUGGACCUUCACAUGAAACUGCUGAGGAAGAUCGGCAAGUCGGUGUCAGCUGAACGAUGGGAGAAGCAUCUUGUAAAGUUAUGUCAAGAUAUCAACACUACAUGGGCAUGGGAGCUCGAGGAAAACGGAUACAAAGAUAUGUCUGUGGAGUGCAAGACAGCAAUUCUUAAAUAUUUGUGUGAAUGCCAAUUUGAUGACAAUGUUAAGUUCAAGACCGUCAUCAAUGAUGAGGAUCCAGAUAAAAUGCGGUUGCAGCCGAUUGGUCGAGACAAGGACGGCCAGAUGUACUGGUACCAACUGGACCAAGAAAACAACGUGCGCGUCUAUCUGGAGGAGCAGGACGACCUGGACGGGUCCUCUUGGAAGUGUAUUGUCAGAACCAGACAUGACUUGGCCCAGGUUGUAGCUUUGCUCAAGACCCAGAUUGACCCUGAACUGUUGGCCAAAGAGAAAGAGGCUAGUGCUGCAGAAGGAGGGGAGAAAAACGAUGGAGAUGGUUUAAAAAAGUCUGAGGACGUAACAACUGAUGAUGAAGACGCCAAAGACCCAUCGAGCUCCAUCUCACUAAAAACUGAGAGCAGUGAAACACAGCUGCAGAAAGAUGACACAAAAUCUGAAGUACCUGAGGCCAAAUCCCCCCUAAAUGGCCAUUUCAAAGAUGAAUCCGAGCCUGUCGACCAAUCAGACAAAGCUAUUUCAAACACUAGAGUCAUUGUAAAUGAUCAGGCUAUCAAAGAAGAGCCCAUGGAGGUAACAGAGAAUAAAAUCAAGGAACCUGUGCCAUUUUCUGAGGUUGUAUGUAUCAAACCAAAAUCUGAACCAGGCGACCAGAUCCGAAGAAAUGCCAUUGAAGAACACCAGCGAUCACUCAAGAAUGACCAGCAGGCCAAAAUCCCUCUGAAAAAAAGAGGGAUGAAACUUAGCGAGGAUUUUGACAAAAACAGUGGGACUAAUAUCAUCACUCAAUGCCCACCCAUUACCAAUUUCAAAGAUGCUGCAAAGGUGGUAGGGACUCCAGGAGAGAAAUUGGGCGAAAAGGAUCAUGUGAAUGGAAACGCCAAUCUCAACAAAGAUUUACAGAGUGAAUCCAGUAGCAAAGAGCAACAGCUGGCACAAAGUUUGAGUGUUAGUAAAAUCAUUGAGGACAGAAACAAAGAGGUGACAUCAGCAGAGGACGUUAGACUUGGAGAGAAAAGGCAAGGCUCUACUCUAGACAAUACAUCCACAGAGCAGCAAGGCUCAUCAAGUCAGUUGAGUCUGGUUAAUAAGGUGAUCACUGUUGCUACUGGAGAAAACGUACAGAAUGACAAAUGUCCUCUUAAGUCUUCCUUGCCUCUAACAGAAGGGCCUCCAGCUCCAUCUAAGGAUUUAAAUGUCACACUUUCAAAGUCAUCUGACCACAAAGAGCUUAGCAAUACAGACCAUUCUAAAUCAAUCAAUGUACCAGUAGGUAAAAUGGUUGUUAAUACAGAAACUGACUUGAAUCAUAAAACUGACGUUAAGACAGACAAAUCACAUGAUACAGAAAACCACUACUUAACCACUACGGCAAAAACUUCAGUAGCAACAUCUGAGAAACCUAGUGUCCAAGAAAAGAAGGACACUGAACCUGAGGAGGACCGGAUAAAAGAAGCCAAGUCUCAAAAAAGGAAGCUAAAUGAUGGCACAGAGACCCGUGAUGGCAUUUCAAAGUCAAAGGAGGUAGAGUUGGAAGCUGGUGAUGAUGUAUCAAAGCCAAUGGAGGUAGAUUCCAAGGCUGGUGAUGAUGGGUCAAAGCCAAUGAAGGUAGAUAACAAGGCUGGUGUUGAUGUAUCAAAGUCAGAGACAAGUGCUCCAAUUAAGGUGAAAGAGGGAAGCCAAACUGAAAUGAAAAUGAAGAAGGCAGAUCAAGACAUCAAGAAACCAUUAAAUACGGCAGAAAAUAAAAUUAUAUCCAAGCACUCUGAAAAAAAUCGCACUCCGUCUGCAGAUAAACAUGAAUCGAUGCCGCACCAACCGUCUAAAGUUGACAAAUCCUUGUCUACUUGCAAUCCCCCCCAUGAGGGUGAGAAGGCGACUCUCAAGGAGAGUGAGAAGGCGACUCUCAAGGAGAGUGAGAAGGCGACUCUCAAGGAGAGUGAGAAGGCGACUCUCAAGGAGAGUGAGAAGGCGACUCUCAAGGAGAGUGAGAAGGCGACUCUCAAGGAGAGUGAGAAGGCGUCCAGCAAGGAGAGUGAGAAGGCGUCCAGCAGGGAGAGUGAGAAGGCGACUCUCCAGGAGAGUGAGAAGGCGUCCAGGAAGGAGAGUGAGAUGGCGACUCUCAAGGAGAGUGAGAAGGCUUCCAGCAAGGAGAGUGAGAAGGCGUCUCUCAAGCAGAGUGACAAGGUGGCAAACAAGGGGGGUGAAAAGGCUUCCGCCGAAAAGGGUAAGAUGGUAGUUGGAAAGGAGAGUGACAAAGUGACUAGCAAGGAGAGUGACAAGGUAGUUAGCAAGGAGAGUGACAAGGUGACUAGCAAGGAGAGUGACAAGGCCGCUGGCAAGGAGAGUGACAAGGCCGCUGGCAAGGAGAGUGACAAGGCCGCUGGCAAGGAGAGCGACAAGGCGACUAGUAAGGGGGGUGAUAAAGUGGACAGCAAAGAGAGUGAGAAGGCAGCAAGCAAGGGCAACGAGGCUUCCGUCAAAAAGACUGAGAUGAAAGCUAGCAAGGAGAGUGACAAGCUAACGAGCAAGGAGAGAGAGAAGGCUUCUAGCAUGGACAGUAAGAGUGUCUCCACCAAAGACUGUGAGAAGGCUGUUGCCAAGGAGAGUGAGAAGGCUGUUGCCAAGGAGAGUGAGAAGGCUGUUGCCAAGGAGAGUGAGAAGGCUGUUGCCAAGGAGAGUGAGAAGGCUGUUGCCAAGGAGAGUGAGAAGGCUGUUGCCAAGGAGAGUGAGAAGGCUGUUGCCAAGGAGAGUGAGAAAACUGUUGCCAAGGAGAGUGAGAAAACUGUUGCCAAGGAGAGUGACCACAAUGUUAGCAAGGGGGGUGACAAAGGUUCCACCAAAAAUAGUCAGAUGGCAGCUAGCAAGGAGAGUUUGAAUGCCUCCGCCAAAGAGAGUGAUAAGGCAGCUAGCAAGGACUUUGAUAAGAUCGCUAGCAAUGAGAGGGAGAAGGCAGCUAGCAAGGGGGGUGAAAAAGCUUCUGCCAAAAGGAGUGACAAGGUAGCUAGCAAGGAGAGUGACAAGGUAGCUUGCAAGGAGAGUGACAAGGUAGCUUGCAAGGAGAGUGACAAGGUAGCUAGCAAGGAGAGUGACAAGGUAGCUAGCAAGGACAGUAAGAGUGCCUCCAGCAAAGACGGUGAGAAGGCUGUUGCCAAGGAGAGUGAGAAGGCUGUUGCCAAGGAGAGUGAGAAGGCUGUUGCCAAGGAGAGUGAGAAGGCUGUUGCCAAGGAGAGUGAGAAGGCUGUGGCCAAGGAGUGUGAGAAGGCUGUUGCCAAGGAGAGUGAGAAGGCUGUGGCCAAGGAGAGUGACCAGUCUACUAGAAAGAAAAAUGACAAGGCGGCUAGCAAAGACAGCGACAAGGAAGCUAGCAAAGGGAGCGACAAGGCUUCCUCCAAGGAGAGUGAGCCGACUGCCAAGAAGAUGACUGACAAGGCUUCCAGCAAGGAGAGUGAAAAGGUUGUUACCAAGGAGAGUGAGCCAACUGCCAAGAAGAUGACUGACAAGGCUUCCUGCAAAAAGAGUGAUCAGGCUGCUAGCAAGAAGGGUGAAAAAGCUUUUGCCAAGGAGAAUGAUGAGGCUGCCAGCCAGGAGAUGGACCAGGAUGUGGAUAAAAUCAACCCUGAAAAUGACGGUCGAGGCAAGGAGAGCAAAAAGAGCACUGCUACAGAUAAGCCUGAUGAAGUUACAACUACCAGCAAGGUUGAUCGACCGGACGGCUCCAAAGCAUUGGACAGCGACCCCCGCAUGGCCAUUGAGGAAGAGGAAUCCGCAAAGCAGAAAGAGGACUCGGACAGCGAACCGCUGCAAAAGGUCAGGCGAGGGGGCGCUCGGACGAAGGCCAAGCCUCGUAGACGGGUCAAACACCAAAUUGAGGAGAAACCGGCUGAUUCUGAGUCUGACAGCAACACAAGGCGGUCCCUACGACGGUCGGCCCGGAUCUCCAGACCAACUGAGAAGGUGGUGGAGAGACGGCACACCGAACCCUCGCCUGAGAAGCUUGGAGAUAAGGAGAAAGAGGGGGGAGAAGAAGAAGAGGAAGAAGAUGAGGAGGGGAAGCUGGUUGGUAGUAAACCAAAAGAGAAGAAGGUUGACCAAGAGGGCCAGUCAAAAUCAAAAGGGAGAAAGCGUCGAAAGAUCCAGUGGUCACGGGCGCGGCGCAAAAAGAAAGGCUCCGGGGAUGACGACAGUUCCAAGGGCAGUGGUGAGGCGUCCAGCGAGGAAGAGGAGACGGAGGCGGAGCAAGAAGACAGCGACGAAGACUACAAGGUUGAGCGGGGCAAGAAAAGAAGGAGAGGCAACCGGGAGAGACGGAGCUCCGACUCCUCCACCUCCUCUGAUGACGACCUCCCGCCCAACGAUGACCCCUGCAAGCAAUGUGGUUUGCCCAACCACCCUGAGCUGAUCCUGCUGUGCGACUCCUGCGACAACGGCUACCACACGGCGUGCCUGCGCCCGCCUCUCAUGAUCAUCCCUGAUGGCGAGUGGUUCUGCCCCCCCUGCCAACACAAGCAGCUCUGCGACAAACUAGAAGAGCAGCUGUUGAACCUGGACACUGCAUUGAAGAAGAAGGAACGUGCAGAAAGAAGGAAAGAGCGUUUGGUGUACGUUGGAAUCAGUGUGGAAAACAUAAUCGCACCUUCUGCUGAGGUGGAGGAAGUCAAGGAAGAGCCAAUUAUCAAGGAGAAGAAAGAGGUGAAGCGAAGCAAGAGCUGGGGUCGUAGGUCGACGCGUGCCAAGAAAUCCAUAAGCUACAGGUUUGACGAGUUUGACGAGGCCAUCGAGGAGGCAAUCGAAGAGGACCUCAAAGAAGCCGAGGGCGGAGGGGCCGGCCGGGGCAAGGACAUGGCCAACAUAACGGGCCACAGCCGGGGGAAGGACAUAUCCACCAUCCUGCAGGCGGGGGAGGGCCAGGAGAACGGCCAGCCGCCGCCGCCGCCGCCCAGCGCGGGCCAGCGCAGGAAAAAGCGCCGGCGCCUCAACGACCUGGACAGCGACAGCACGGUGGACGAGGAGGAGAGCGAGGACGAGUUCCGCCUCAGCGACAGCUCUGAGGAGGAGGAGUUUGUGGUGACGGACCAGGAGGGCGAGAGCGAGGCCGCCGACUCCCACGACAGUGACUUUGCCAGCGGGGGCGGGCGCCGCAAGGUGGCCCGGCCCCGGAAGGUCCCCAAGCAGAGACGCAGCGCCCGCCGCCGCCGCCGACCCCGCGGCUACUCGGACGAGGAGGAGGAGGAGAGCGACGAGGAUGAAGAGGAGGAAAUCGCGACGGCGGGCUCCAGCGAGUACAGCGACAGCGACCUGGACGUGAGCAUGCGGAGGUCGCGCCGCAGCCUCAAGAGGAAGGUGAACUACCGUGAGACGUCCGAGUCGGACGGCUCCAAGGCCAGCACCAACCGGGACAAGAUGAAGUCCCGCCGGCCGGCGACCAGCUCGGACAGCGACGCGAGCGAAUCGGAGGAGGAAAAGAAGAAGGGGAAGGGCAAGGGCAAGCGGCGGGCCGAGUCCCCGGACGCCCGCUCCCUCAAGCGCCGGCGGCUGGCGGUCAAACGGCGGCGGACAUCGGACGACUCCGACGGUGACUCUGACGACUCGGGAUCCUCGGAGGAAGACCGCCCGGUCCGCAAGCGCGUAAACCGCAUCGCCUCGGACGACUCAGACGAAGAAGAGGAGUCAGCGGGGGUGGGGGCGGAGAAGAAGGCGACGGAGAAGGUGGGCUCGGGGGGGAAGGCGGAGGAGGAGGAGGUGGGCGGAGCGGCAGCGAAGGGGCCCCUCGCCACCGCCCCCUCGUCGGACUACGUCCUGGCCGCUAACGGACCGGGCCCCGUGAAGGGCCUCGAGGGUCUGGGCCCCCUGGAGCCCAAGACCAUGGCGGCGGCGGGCGCGGCGCCCAACGGCCUGGCCCCCCAGGAGAUGGCGCCACCGGAGGAGGACGAGGACGACCUGUUGGGGGUAACGGACCUGGUGGACUACGUCUGCAAUAGCGAGGACUUGUAAAUCAAGAGUAGAGAGGGAAGGGAACGUAGAGGGGUUGGGGGGAAAGAUGUACUUUUCAUUUUUUUUGUGGUAUUGUAUUUUUAUAUUGCUUAACUUUAUGAACGACGUUCCUCUGUCCGAGGAGCACUAUGCCCCCCCCCCCCGUCGGUCCACCCCUCUCCGUAUGAGAAUCCAAACUGCCCCCCCCCCCCCAACCCAAGCCAAGCACUGCUUUACCUCAGUGUCCCAACAGUCGAGUCGUGUGACCUAAAUAGUUUGGCUAUAUUUUGCGCCACCCACUAUUGCAACAAGAAUCGACAAUAACAAGCCAGUCCUCUCCUCUUGCUGCCAUCGGUUGUGUUCUCAUUGUGAUCUCAUGUUUGUUACGUUGCCAAUGGUCCAGGUGUCCGUAGUCCUCUGUUUGCCCAGGAGUAGGAAGUUCAGGGUGCACGCUACUCCGCUAUGAAAUGGAUGAUCAUGGAGAUGAAGACAAUUACAAUUAGGGCAUUUAGCAGACGCUUUUAUCCAAAGUGAAUUACAUCGGUUAAUACACUCGUGACGUGACGUUGACUCGUCAACAAAGAAUACUCCAAUCCGUUUUCUUAAUCUUUGGAUAUGUUUAUAUGGUUUAAAAGUCAACCGCAUUCCAAUAAUGAUCUGUUUUUAACGUACAAAUUUUAGCAUUUUUUUCCUUUCUACAAACAUUUUGCCAUUUAAAUCUAGAUCUUUCCGCCAACUAAAAAUAGAAACUCUUGGCAACGUUUUUGUUCUCCAUUAUCUGUUGGUACAUACUAGUACUGUUUCUCAUUCUAUUCUAUCUAUAUGCUGGAUAAGUUGGCUCGAACACCCAAAGGACUCUUGGGUACCACGGCUGAUGUCUGUUGGCCUUAGACCACCACUAGAUGGCAGUUGAGGCACGGUGUUGUCCCACGUGCAGAAGACGGACAUAGGACCACCAACAAUACCAAGAUCGACAGUGCGAAUCGGACGUGCUUCCAACAACUUGCUCAAUUGUUCUGUCGCCAAGUGUUGCGGUACCAUUCAUAUACCUAUUCAAAGCCUGCCUGUCUUGCAGGAAGGGUUGAAUGUAUAUAAAGGACCAAUUAUUAGUGUAGAACUUGUCUCCCUGCCUCCACCCCAUUAGCCUGCCCCCUCCUCCAAAAGUGGUUAGUUUAGACUUUGUACAUUCAUUGUAUACAUAUAUAAUUAUUUUUACAUUUCUGUGCUGUCAUUGAGGAGCGGUGAAAUUCCCAUAUUUAGACGUGUCAUAGAAUCUGUAAAGGGAAUGUUGUGCGUGGAUAAAGUCACUCACAUUGGGGCUUUAUUUUUUUUUUUUGGGACUAUUUGGAGCUCAUCCACUGUUGUAAAACAGUGGAGGAUGUUUUCAUAGUUUCCUGUUUGAGUGUUUUUGCUUUGCCUUUGGGGGGGUUGGGGGGUUUGUUCGUAAUAUAUCCGUUAUUUUUACCAUUUGUGUUUUUAUAUCCCAUCUGAUAACUAUAAUGUAUUUUUGUAUAUCUGGAACUGUGUUGUCGUCUCUUUUGGAUCACCGUCUCCUCCUCUUUGCAUCUUUCCUGUGUGUGGGUUCACCCCCUCUCCGCAUGUUAUUUUUCCUCAUUGAAUGCCCAGCUCCAAAACUCGACACUCCUUUGACUGAGUGGUGUAUUUAUUUAGAAAUCCCUCUUUGCCUUCCAUUAGUGUCUAUGAAGUGUGAUCCCUCUCAACGUUUCCUUUUUAAACUUCUGUAACGGUAAUAGACUUAGGUGAGGCCGUCUGAGCCAAUCAUACACACAAACAUAAAAUAGUUCAAUAUAUAUAUAUAUAUAUAUAUAUAUGACAUGUUUUCUAACAAAUUACCCAGAAUCCAAUUCUGAGUAGUAGUUUGGUCAAGCAACCCUGUUAGUCCACUGUUUCGGAACCAGUCUGUAUAUCUGUAGGUUUUGCUGUAAUAUAUGUAGAGGUGUUUUAUAAUCACAAGAAAACAAAUAUAUUGGGCAAUUAUUACAGAUUGCAUGAGAUUUUAUUAUUUUUCUUUUGUAGGAACUUAAUGUUUAUACCGUUUUUUUUGUAAUCAAAUCAGAAAACUGGCAUGUUUGGAUUUAUUUAGGAUUUUAUCUCCCCCCAACCUAUUGCAUUAUUACAAAGGGACAUCAAAGGAUAUCUGAUUUGCAGUGAAACUGCAUUGGUAGGCAUGAUAAGCGACUGACGGGAAGUAAAAAAAACAAAAAAACAUACAGAAUUGUGUCUCGUGAGUGAUAAUAAGUAGAAUAUCCUUGUAAAUUAGUCUUGGCAUGGUCUUCACAAAGGAUAAACCACUCUUGUUCUUUGUUGAUUUUCAUAUAUCUAUAUAUAUACUAGCUGUGGCCAAAUCAAUUUAACUGAAGCUAAAGGAAUGAAGUGUCGCGUGUCAUUCACGGUGCACGACAUUGGUUUGACUGUUUCUACUUUUAGAUUAUGUUGGAGAAAACAGUAGCAAAUGAUGGGGAGGGGUGUGGAGUGAUGAGAUGCUGGGAAGGAUCCCUUGAGUGGGUUGUGUUUUUCCCUCUAUGCCACAUACAGAUGGGGGGGAAAGUGGAGAGAUGGUGCCAAGGACUGAAGUGUUAAAGCGUUGCCUAUUACCUCAUCUCCAACCUGGGAGGAGAGACGUCCUUGUCUGUUAUUUUGAACCUUGUAGAUUGCUCAUCGAUGUUGCGUAUGUCCUAUACAUUUGUUUUGUUAAUGUCACUAUGUUAUUUCUUAUCCGAUCUUGUACAUUUGUCAUAAUAAAAUGGGUUUAAUCCUGA